GGACCGAGUCGCUAGCGGCGGUGCAGCCGGAAGGCUAGGGCGGGGAGAAGACUGCGACUUCUGUCCGGCCUGGUGAGCGACGCCGGCCCUCGCCAUGGCCCAGCAGAGAGCCCUGCCCCAGAGCAAAGAGACGUUGCUGCAGUCUUACAACAAGAGGCUCAAGGACGACAUCAAGUCCAUCAUGGACAACUUCACUGAGAUCAUCAAGACUGCCAAGAUUGAGGACGAGACCCAGGUGUCACGGGCCACUCAGGGUGAACAGGACAAUUACGAGAUGCACGUGCGAGCUGCCAACAUUGUCCGGGCCGGUGAGUCCCUGAUGAAGCUGGUGUCUGACCUCAAGCAGUUCUUGAUCCUCAAUGACUUCCCAUCAGUGAACGAGGCCAUUGACCAGCGCAACCAGCAGCUGCGUGCACUGCAGGAGGAGUGUGACCGCAAGCUCAUGGCGCUGCGUGACGAGGUCUCCAUUGACCUGUAUGAGCUAGAGGAGGAAUAUUACUCGUCCAGUGCCAGCCUUUGCGAAGCUAGUGACCUGCCUCUUUGCGAAGCUUACUGGAGGCUGGACGUCGACACAGACUCUGCUGAUGGCCUCUCGGCCCCUCUGCUGGCGUCCCCGGAUCCCAGCGCUGGCCCCCUACAGGCCACAGCCCCAGCCCAUUCCCAUGCCAGUGGCCCUGGGCCCACAGAGCACGCCUGAGCCUUGGGGCUGCCCUCCCAGCCCUGGCUUCUCAGGAGCCAAACCAGAGCUCCCUUGGGAUGUGCACCUCGGCCUCACUCCUGUUAGCCUUGGUUCUCCCGUGGGGACUUCAAGACCCCGGAGCCACUAUGGCCUCCCUAGGAGCCUCAUCAGCCCAGGGUCAGCCCAGCCAGGAUGGUUGAGAGUUGUUUCUCCAGCCACUUCCAAGUGCCCAUACUUCUUCCAGGCAUCUCCUUCUGCUGUCUUCCUGGCCAGCCAGGUGGAAGGAGGCUUCUGGGACAGGUCUGUCCUGCCAGGGACUUGAACAGAGUGGGGCAGGCAGGAUACCUAAGAUAGGGGAACCUGACCUGAGCAUGUUGUUUGAAAUUGGGAGGGGCUCUGAGUGGAGCCAAGCCAGGGCUCCUGGGCAAAUGUUGUGGCCCAGUGACUACCCUGAUAGGGCUGAGUGAGGGGACUGCCCACUCAUGCAGAAGCCUGCUGGGGGCUCCUUAACUUGCUGCCAUGUACUUUCUGGCUGUCUUGAAUAAAAACUCUUUUGCAUUGGUU